UACUUUAUAGUUGACAUGAUUAAGGCCGUGUUGAUUAUAGCAAUGUUUGACUACAGCUAGAAUUUGUAUAGAUUGUUGAGAUUCGGAAAAUAAACAGAAAACUUACGAAGCAGAUAAAAACCAGUUGCUUUCUUAACGGCGGCCCAUGGGAUCGUUCAGUGAUAGCAGACGAUGGAAUAUUUAUUUCUGAAAGAAAGCAGGGCUACUUUAACCGACCUGUGAAACGUAAAUUGGAAUUAUUAAAAUAUUAUAAAUAAAAAUGUCUACAGUGCAGACGUGGACACUAUGGCAACGUAUGCCGCCCAGGUACCAGCUCACUACACACACUUACGACAAUGACACCGAUGAAUUUUCGGUUAUCGGUAACGCAACCGAUAGAACACUGAGUCCUCGACCUCGACCGGCCUCAAGACCAGUUUCGAGCAGUCGCCGACCAAGUCGACCUGAAUCCCGGACGUUUCCGCAAAGAGAGACGUUAAGAGAAAAUUUUAUGUUGUCUUCUAACGACCGGGAUCAAGUUCAAGCGGAAGUUUCCAAAGCGUUAAAGCAGCAGACAUCUAAAAGCUUUUCUUUUCCAAAGAGGAAUUCCGAUUAUGUAAACACAUUUCAAAAACAACGUCGGGUAAAUUCUGCUCGUCGGCGAUUAGCGGAAACCCCGCCGUCGCCUAACGUUUCUGCGUCACAGCAGUCACCGGAUAUUUCGUCAUCGCAACGUGCUCAUACUGCUCCGGUAUUUCCGGUGACGAAUCUUGAAGUACAGAAAGAAAAACAAUCAAAAUUUAGUGGAAUAGACCCGUCAAAUGCAAAGCCAUUACGUGUAAAUGUAAAUGUAAAAUCAAAGUCUGUAAGUGAACCAAGCAAAGUUGAUAUCUUUCAAUUUGACGAUUCAAGGUCAUUAACAAGCGCCCCAAGCCCUGUAUACAAAUCACGAAACUCUGAAACAAAACCUAAAAAAUACGUAGUUCAGGAUACAAACCGUGCCACAGUAUAUAUAGAUAGUGGAAAAGUAAUGUAUUUUGGAAAAUCGAGACACGAUUUAAGUCAGUUGCUUAAAACCCAGUCAUUACGUGCGGACAGAAAUACUUGUUUCCUUGCUGAAAUACGCCGUGACUAUUUAAAGCACCCGAAAUAUGAUAAUGGUCGGAACUCUUCAAGCAAAGUAACGGAAAAUGACCCAAGACGCAUUGCAAAUGAAAGAGUUGAUUAUAAUAGGCGAGUAGAACACAUCCUUAAUUAUUAUGACGAAAAUGGAAACAUCACACAGCCACCGCAACCACGCCCUACCUCCGGACAAAGACUUAAGUCACCCAAGGGUGCUCGUGUAAAGGGAUUGUCAUUAACCCCAUCGGCUCCAUCCCGUCCCCCGUCAAGGUCGCCCUCACCAGACCCUUUAGAUGGUAACGGUGACUUCAUUCGAUUAAACAGACGGCUUAAACUCCACGAACGUCAGUUUUAUCUACGCACGCCGGGUAUGCAACAUGGGAACGCCGUGGGCGACAUGGAUAAAUGCCGUUGUAGCAUGUGCCGCAUGGAGCUUCAACUCGCCCUUGUUACUGGAUUCACGGCUCAUGCUGGAAUUAACGCAGCUGGAAGCGGGCGAACUGCAAGUUCAGAACAAAUCGAAAAUGGGAAUAACUUUGAAUCACAACUAGGUUUAAAAGAAGGACCAAAAGAAAUAAAUCAGUCAAAUAAAAAGAAUGGCACCUUUAAGGAUAAUUCCCAUAAAGUAUCUUUUCAACAUCCGGAAGUUGAUUUAGUCGCGCAAGCGCAAGAGACUAGAUUUAUUAGCUGUAAACUUCCGGGUGUAGAUGAGGUGACUGCAAGUGAAUCUGGUUUUGAAAGUUCACGGACUCAUGACGUCGUUUCUACAGGACCGGACGACAUCGAUUCUUGACCAAGAUUCGAGCUCAAACUUUCAGAGUACAUGCAGAAUCUCAUAAUCGUGGGGAGAAAAUAACGUCGACCAUAUAUAUAAUUGUUUGAAAAAGAAUCAUUUACAAAACACGAGUUUUCUCAGGGGUGCAGCAAGGCCUCUUAAUAAGAAAAUACAACCUACGUUACUACGACCUACUACCUACGAGGACUAACAGAGUAGAGUACAUGAAAAAAUUCCUAUACAUGUAUUUUAAUACACUUUAAUAUAUAUCAAGGUUCAAUUAUAACGGAACAUGGAUAACAGACGUAAUCUGCUGCGAACUUAUUUUACGUACUGGAGUUUAUUUUCCCCAUAUGUUUUUACAAGAUUCAACGAAGGGUCAUUGGAAACUGUGAAGCUGGCCAUAAAUCUUGCAACGGCGACAAGAACAUGUAGUGUUUACGUGUAUAUUUUGACCGACGCUGUUUUAGAAAAAUGAAAAAGUUCCAUGUAGACUUCAUUGAAGCAUGCAUAGUUCGAUGUUCUUGCCUUUCAGUGCCGUACAGUGAUGCUUUGUGUAAACUUUUCUUCGUCAACCAGCAUCAUAAUGAACAAAAAUAGAAACGAAAUUUCUAAAUUCUUAAAGUAUUACAUUCAAUAUAACAGACUAGAUUUGCUAGGUUUAGUGUCGCAACCGAUGCAAACUCUCGUCAUCAACAUAUAAGAAUGUCAAUUUUUCAUUGUCUUCCUCAUUUAAUUACAUAUGUAUCUACAUUUGAUAAAUUUAUCUUAAUUCCCAUUUCAUUUUAUAAAAUCUUUUGACCCACGUCAAUCGUUUAUAAAUACAUC